AACAUCUCUCUUCGUUAACCAUUCAUUCAGCAUCACGUAGCGGUAAACUCCAAUUUCCCAGUUUAAUAUGCACAAAGCGUCCGCGGCGCCUUGUAUCCUUUCUCUUCGUCUCUCUUUCUGAGCCCUUGUUGGCGUUUCUUUCCAUGAGCUAUUGCUCGCAUGGCCACCCCUCAAGAGUCCAUUACGACGGUAAACGGGAGACGAUGUACUCGCUCUCGGGCCCGAACGGCCCUUACAACCUCAGAGACUCCAGCAACAUCCGCAGCCGCCGCCCCUCCCCAAGUCACCACGUCCACGACCGUUGAGGAGGCACCGAAAAUACAGACCAGCACCAGCCAAGCACCUCCGCCACCUCCUCCCUCUUCGACGGCACCGGCACCAGCCCCGACUACGUCUACCCAGCAGACAGCACAGCAGCCCCCCGCAGUGCCUACAACAUCUACGACGGAAGCAGCAGCAACAUCCGCGAUAGGUACGAGUAGCCCGGCCCCUACAUCUUCGGAGCGGGUGACACCGCUGGCUCUCGCAUCUUCAGCUCGUGCAACAGCAGCUGCUCAGAAGCAGCCAGAAACUCAAGCGGCACCGGAAGUGUUUUCUCCGGCCGCUGCGGUUCCUCUGUCUGUGUCUUCGCAAGCUGCUGCGGCUUCACAAGUUGCUGUGGCGGUGUCUUCAGCCCCGCCUCCGCCUCCAAGUCCCGUACCAACAAGUUCUGACACAGAACAAAUAGCUGUUCCAACGUCACUCGUUGCAUCUUCGCGCGCACCGGCUCGCUUCACAGCUCCGGCUAUAUCUGAAGGUGCCACAUCGGACGCAAGCCCUCCGCUCGCGAUAGAAACCGACACGAAUGCACAGCCGUCUGUGACAGAAGCGCCUGCCAUCGCAGAACCACAGCCCACUACUUCGCUAGUAGAUUCCACACCGACCGGAGGAUCAGCUGGCAUAAUUGCACCGGAACAGGGAAACUCUAGCGACAACAGUCCCUUGACUUUUGCGAAUGGUGGGAACAUAGGAGGCAUAAUUGGGGGUGUCUUCGGCGGUGUGGCUGCGUUAGCCUUGAUCAGCGUAUUGCUCUUCGUCUGCUUGCGGAAACGGAAGUCGCGACCGGUGCGAUGGAACGAGAAGCAAGAGACAGGCCCAAGCUUCCUGGCCAGGUUGAAGACGAUACCCAGCGGAGUGGGGGCAUUCGUUGCCAGGAUCAAAGGAAGCCAAUCCGGCCCGAUCAGCAAUCCCUACCAACGCCAUGCUGCGCAAACCAGCGUUGGUUCGGUGUACUCGAGGGACUCCAACGGCAGAGGUCGCUCGACCAGCGAGCCGCAAGGAUUCUUCGGUGUCAAGCGUGCGGGCUCGAGCAACAGCAGGUCAAGCAAGAAGAGCGAGAGGAAUCUGCUUCGAAAGAAGCCAAGCAGCAUCUCCUCAAAUUACCGGUUUCCAGGGAUUGUCGAAGACACAGGUUCGCCAAAUCCCUUUGCUGACCCGAAAAGUACGCUGUUGGUACUCAACCCAGAUCCUCGAAGCGCGCCUGUUACACCGCAAGUCCCUGUUGCUGCUGCCGACACUGAACCCAGAGAUCCUUUUGCAUCUAUUCAGGAUCCCCCUGGAGCUGGACCAGCUUGGGCUCAAGUACCGACUCACCAUCAUACACGUACUAUAAGCUCAGUGUCGGCCCUAAGCUCACAUCCCGUGUCGUCCUUCUAUACGGCCGAUAACCCGUUCCGAGAUCCACCUUAUGCGCCGCCUGCUCCCAGUCAGGCGGUUCUACCAAGCCAUACCCGUCGUUCGUCCAUGGCAUUGCCAAGUUUCAACGCGCUGUCCACCGUGGACGCAACCUCUACCUUCGCCUCUCGCGACUCUGACAUGUUCUUCGGAGAACCAGGACCAAGCAGGCCUGCCACCAACUUCUUCACUCCAAUGCCAACUGGUCGUACGGUCCGACAAUCGGAUCCUUUUGACCUCGACCGACCUGAAGUUCUUGGCUUUACAAGCGUCUUCAACAUCAACAGGAAAGAAGUGGCCGGAAACAUCACGCGACAACCUACACGAAGUAAAAGAACAAGUAGCGUCGGUAAUUGGGGCAACGCGGCGCCAGACGCCAACAACUAUGGCUUGUUUCCGAGAGACAGCACAAAGCAGCCACCACCAUGGGGACCGAACGGCAGGAGAUGACGACAGCCACACAACGAUACAAUGUCGCAAUGGAGGAACCUUUCGCGCACAAGACGCGUAAAGACAUAAUGAGCAAUAACACGGACGGCGUCCCACGAUCUUUUCUCUCGAUGGCAGGAAGUAUUCCGCGGGCUCCAUCACCCCCUUUUUGUUUUACCCAACACAUACACAUUUCCUCCCACACUUUACCACGAACUGAGCGAGCAAGCCAAACACCAUAUUUUCUGUAACAUAUAUCCCCCACUACAGGUUUUCCUGUAGUUGUCGUAGCGUAGCAUAGCGUAAAAUAUACCCCUCAAUGAAUACCAUUACGUAUAUCUGUAUCGAUUGUUCCGAGCAAAGAUUGUUGUAAGUAAAGGAGAAGAUUAGUGAUCGUUGCAUUGAGAGC